AUGUCGUCUUCCGCGACGACGAGUUCUCCUCCUCCUCCGUCGUCGCACGAAAGCGUGGUUCGAGACCAAUACGACAUCGUUCGAGUCGCUGAAUGGAUCCACGUGAACGCGUUCCAUCGAAUCGCGAUACAGGUUCCCGACGAAUUACUCAAAGACGCCGCCAGCAUCUGUCGCGCAUUGAAACGCGAGUUGGACGCGCGAACGACGACGGAGGAUGACAAAGAUUCCACGGACGAGGGGAAGAAGAAACGACGAGAAGUGUUUGUUCUCGCGGACACGACGUUUGGUUCGUGUUGCGUGGACGAAGUCGCGGCGUUGCAUCACAACGCGGACUGCGUUGUUCACGUUGGUUUUUCGUGUUGUUCAAAAACGAGCAGGUUGAACGCGAGGAUGGUAUUCGAGGAGAAGAGUUUAGAGGUGGACGCGUGCGCGGAGAAGAUCAGAGAGCACGCGAAGAGUGUGUUAGGGGAGUCCGUGAACGUUGUGGUCGUGUUAAUGGAACAAAAUCGAAGCUGGUGUUCGGAGCGGAUGGAGAAGGCGUUGGCGGUAGGGGAAAGCGAAGAUGGUGGGAAGGUUCGGUACGUGGUGUCGUCGAUGCCGCCAAACGUGAUUGAACCGACGGGAGAGGCUAGGAUUGGGAAAGAAGACGAAGAGACCGUUCGCCUGACAUCCACGAGUGAAUGUGGGACGAACGGAGAAAACGAUGACGGUAAUAAAAUACACGUGACAUUAGGCGCCGCUCGAUUAAAAUACGAACGCGAGAUGGACAAAGAUUUCAAAGAUCCGAAUACAAAAGCGUUCGUUUGGGUUGGCGAUGCGAACUCACCGGCGUUGACGCACGCUUUGUUGAUGAUAUCGUCGGCGACGAGCGACGCGUCGCCGUUUCGGACGAAUUACGAUGUCGCGCGAUAUUGUCCAGAGAAGGGCGAGAUUGAAGCGAAAGCGAUUGGGACCGAGGCGUGUCGGAGAAACGUGAAGAAACGUAACCAUUCGAUUGAGCGUGCGAAAGAUUCGAACAUUGUCGGUAUUGUCGUCGGUACUCUUGGUGUUUCGGGAUAUUUAUCGGUCGUAUCUAAACUGCGUGAAAUGAUAGAGUCGAGCGGACGUACGUGUUAUACCGUGGCGUGCGGGAAGCCGAAUCCAAAUAAGUUGGCGAAUUUUCCAGAGAUUGAAACGUUCGUGCUAGUCGCGUGCGAGUUGUGCGCUUUAGUAGACGGGAAAGAUUACUUGCAAGCAGUCAUCACCCCGUACGAAGCCGCGUUAGCUUUCGGGAAUAAACCUUGGAUUGGCGAAAUCAAAUUAGAUUUCGACUCGUUCGAAGAGGAAACGAAAGAUUUCGACGGCGUACACGACGUUCGAGCGGAACCAACCAUGUCAUUUCUAACUGGAACUUUACGCAAAGACACAUCAUCCGCGCUCACCGGGGACGAUGCGGACGAUUACGAUUUACACGGCGCAAACCUUUCGUCAACGCUCAUGGACGAGGAAGACGACGAGAAGGAAGAAGGGGCGACGAACGACGCCAAAGCGGUCGACGCUCUCAAACUCGCCGAACGCGCCUCUCAGGCGCUCACCUUCCGCCACGAAAACCUCCACCUGAACAAAACCACCUCCACGCCGCGCUCUGGCGCGGAAUACUUGCUCACCAAACGAACCUUUGUCGGUUUAGACCCGAAAAAGAAGGUGAAAAACGACAACGACGACGAAGAAGAAGGAGGAGGCGAACACCCUCUCCAAGCCGCCGAAGGCCGAAGAGGCCGCGCCGCCGCGUACGAUAGCGUAGAUAUAAAUAAAUAG